AUGAUGAAUAAGAUGUUCCGUCGUUCCGGCCGAAACCCCAAGCAUUUGGUUUGUUUCUUCUUUUUAUUGUCUAUGCUUUAGUUAGAUCCUUUGGUUUCUAGUGUUCUUCUUUGUGUUUCGGGGAAUUCUUGUCCAGUUAUCUGAUUUCGAGUCGUUUUUGCAAGGUGUAUUGUUCGUUCUAACCUUUUGAAGCGUUUUAAAACUCGAAGUUGCUUUGGACGACAAUAUCUCUGAAUUGUUUUUUUAGACUAACCAGAAGCCGCUGCCAGGCAUUAGAAUGUCUCUGCGGCUCCGCGAUCGCAACCAGAGCAACAUGGACAACAACAACAAUAACGCCAGAGUGAAGAAGCGGUCCGCGGACGCGAUGCAAGAGACGUUCAAGCCACAUGAAGACGAACCAAUCGCCAAAAGGCCCACCAAACACAACCAAUCCAGUGUAAGUUCGCUCCUUUUUUGCUUCUGUUUUUAGGCCUCUUCUUCCGCACGUUUGGCUUGUAUUGCGUCAAGUUGCAUUAUUCUUUUUACUUUAGGGAUCAAUCCCCUGUUCUAACCCGUCGCAGUCCUCCAAAGCCGACAGCCAAGACGUCAUCUCGCGCUACGAAGUCCCUCGUCUCUUCUGGGAAGAGGACCCAGCUCCGGACGUUGAUGUGGACUCGGCUUCAAAGGGAGAUCCGUUUGCGUAUUCCGAAUACGUCAGUGAUGUCAUGAUCUACUUGAAGUCGAGGGAGCUCCGUUAUCAGCCAGAGGAUUACAUCAAGACGCGCUGGGCCCAGAAGAAUCGAGCUAUUGCCGUGGAUUGGCUGGUGGAGAUCCAAGAAAUGUUCAAGUUUAAUCACGAAACUCUUUAUUUGGGAGUCAAUGUGAUGGAUCGAUACUACAGCAAGACCCCGUUCCAUGACAACAACAAAGUGCAGUUGGUCGCGAUCUGUUCCAUCUUUGUGGCCAGUAAAUAUGAGGUUAGUUUGAUAGGGAAUUUAUUGAUUUGGUUAAAUUUUGAUUUUAUUUCUUCUGAUUUGGGUAUUUUUUUUGAAGAAUUACUUCUUGAAUAUUUUCAGGAGCGCGCUCCACCAUUCCUGGAAGACCUUUGUUAUCUUUGCAGAGACAUCUUCACCAUCACGCAGAUCCGAGAAAUGGAGAUUGAGAUUCUCCAAACGAUUGGGUUUGAUCUCUCAGCUCCAUUGUCUUACUCAUUUCUCCGCCGAUACUCCAGAGCCAUCAAAGGAGACAUGCAGUUGUUGACGACGGCAAGAUACGCGUUGGAGGAAUCCCUUCAUUUUGUUCAAUUCUGCAGAGUCAGCCCAAGUCGGAUAGCCGUUGCUUCGCUUCUGUGGGCUCUGAGAGUGACGAAGAAAGGAGACUGGAGCAAUGUUUUGGAAAAGUACAGUGGGUACCGUCUGAAUGAAGUGGAACCAUUGGUAGUGGCUUUGAAUCACAUGGUGAUCAAAUUCCCGGAAGUCUACCGGGAAUUGAUCGCCGUCAAGAUGAAGUACAAGAAUGAGUAAGUUUUUUUAAACUUUUUUUUGCUUUGGUUUUUAGAUUGCCAUCGAACUUUACCAAUGAAUUUCAACUGCCUCCCGCCUAAUUUCGACUCUUUUCAGAGUGUUUAUGAAGGUGGCGGACCAGCAACCACUCCCCGAUCUCCUCCCGGCAUCAUCGCCAGUCCAACCACCAGAGGGUUUCACCCGGCCAGAGAGUUUUCCUGGUUACCGAGAAUAG